AUGUAUCACAACUGGAUUUAUAAUUUUUUCAGGCAAGGUGAAGCAUGUAACCAUGUAGCUGCUUUGCUGUUUGCCUUAGAGGAUUAUGUGGCACAGGGACUGAACAGUAUACCUGAAGGAAAAACAUGCACAGAUAAACUGCAAAGAUGGAACCAGCCAGCAAAGCGACAUGUGGAGCCCAAAACUAUUAACAAAAUCAUCAUUUACAGACCACAACAUAAUAAACCAAAACCUCGUUCAGCAAAAGAUUACCAAGAUCCUCGUCAUCAAGAAGACCAGGUUAUGAACAGCAAGGCGAGGGACGAUUUACACAAAGCAUUAUUUAAAAGUAUACCACACAGUGGGUUUUCUAAGUAUGGACUUCCCCCAAAGGAAGUCAUACCUGUCACUGAUGUGUUGGAUAAUGGACUACAACUAUUAUUCUGUCAUCCACCAUCCCUAUUUCAAAUUGAAACUGCUUGUGAAACAUUUUUAAAAACAAUGGAACUUUCAGAUGAUGAAAUUAGUGAUAUUGAAACUAAAACAAAAGAACAAUCAAUGUGUACUUUGUGGCAUAGUGUACGAGAAAAGAGGAUUACUGCUUCAAAUUUCCAUGCAGUAACAAACAGGAGAAGUACUACAGAUCCAACUAAUCUGUUAAAAAGACUUCUCAAGUACACACAUGGUACUAGUACCAAGGCAAUGGAAUUUGGUUUGACGAAAGAAGAUGAUGCAGCCAGACGGUACAAGCUACACAUGGAAAAGACCUAUCCACAUGUUGUUGUGUCUAAAGUAGGCUUUAAAGUGUGUAAAGAUUUUCAUUUUUUAGGAGCUUCAGCUGAUAGACUGUCAGAGUCUUCAAGAGGUCAAGUACUAGUUGAAGUGAAAAAUCCACAUUCAACCUGGGAUACACCAACUAUUAUGGAAGCAGCAAAAACCUUGCCAUGUUUGGUUACAGAUGAAAAUAAUCAAGUUGUGUUAAACAAAAAGCAUAUGUACCACACACAGAUUCAAGGACAGAUGGCCAUAUAUGGCAUUCAUGAAUGUGAUUUUGUUUUAUGUACAGGACAGGACAUUUUGGUUGAAACCAUUACAUUUGAUGCCAUACUCUGGGGUAAAAUGGUCAGUAAACUGUCACACUUUUACAAAACAAUCAUGCUACCAGAAAUUGUAUACCCAUGUAUUAAAUUUGGAAAUAAGCCCUUGAUUUUACAAACAUAAACACAUGCUUGAAGGGUAAUAUUUGCACAUGAACUGCCUGCUAUAGCUGCUAUUUAAUGUUAAUAUAUAUGAAAGUGCUUUUGUAGGUUUUGUAGGACAGGGUUUCCAAAAGUACACAGUUUGUUUCACAAAAAUGUACAUAUUGACUUGUUUCACACCAUAAUGUACAUAUUGACUUAUAUACAUCUAUUAUGGUCUUGUGGUAUAAAUAUGUGAACAUUACCAACUUGUAUUUAAUUUAUUACAUGUUCAGUUGUUAUCUAAAUUAAUAAUUUAAAUAAUAUGUAUAACUAAAUAGAGAGUAAACUCUAGUUAAUGCACAUUAAUAGUACCAACUUAUAAUGGUACAUUGGUAGUUAAACUUGUUAAAUACUACAUAUUAGAUUCUGUAUGACUUCAUCAGCUUCAACACUUAAUUAUAGGGGUUUGGAAAUUUGUCAAAAAACAACAAAUUUUGAAUAAGUAAAGUUUGUUUUAUUUAACGACGCCACUA